GUGCCCUACCCUCGCAUCCACUUCCCUCUGGCCACCUACGCCCCAGUUAUCUCCGCAGAGAAGGCCUAUCACGAGCAGCUGUCAGUCGCUGAGAUCACCAACGCCUGCUUUGAACCGGCCAAUCAAAUGGUGAAAUGUGACCCUCGGCACGGCAAAUACAUGGCCUGCUGUCUGCUAUUCCGUGGCGACGUGGUGCCCAAAGACGUUAACUCGGCCAUCGCCACCAUCAAAACCAAGCGCACCAUCCAGUUUGUGG